AACUGUGUUAAUCUGUUUGUUUUUCAAAGCCGUACAGUAAACGCUGAUGCUCACGCAAGUAAACAUGCGUUUUUAUGUCCUCCUUUAACUAAGCGAUUCUGUCUGCCAUGUGACCGCGUAACCCGCUCACAUGAGCGCCGAGUUGCAUGAUCCGCUUUAAGUUCUUUAAAGUCCGCUGCUCCAGCUCGCAGCUGAGACUGGAGCUGCCAUGGCGAGUGGAGGCGAGCAGAAAGUGGUGCUGAUCACCGGCUGCUCCUCCGGGAUCGGACUGCGGAUCGCCGUGCUGCUGGCCAGUGACGAACAGAAGCGUUACCAUGUUAUUGCCACUAUGAGAGACCUGAGAAAGAAGGACCGGCUGGUGGAAGCGGCGGGUGACACAUACGGAAAGACCUUGACACUGCUGUCUUUGGAUGUGUGCAGUGAUGACUCAGUCUGGCAAUGUAUUGACAGUGUAAAGGACCGCCACAUCGACAUUCUCAUUAAUAAUGCAGGCGUGGGUUUGCUGGGCCCUGUGGAGAGCAUCAGCAUGGAUGAGAUGAAGAGAGUGUUUGAGACCAACUUCUUCGGAACUGUGCGCAUGAUAAAAGAGGUCAUGCCGGACAUGAAGAAGAGGCGAUCCGGCCACAUUAUCGUCAUGAGUAGCGUAAUGGGCCUGCAGGGUGUGAUAUUCAAUGAUGUCUACACGGCCUCUAAGUUCGCCAUAGAGGGCUUCUGUGAGAGUAUGGCUGUGCAGCUGCUGAAGUUUAAUGUGAAACUAUCUCUGAUUGAGCCAGGCCCAGUGCAUACAGAGUUUGAAACAAAGAUGAUGCAAGAGGUGGCCAAGAUGGAUUAUCCUGGAGCAGAUGCAGACACAGUCAGAUACUUCAAGGAUGUGUACAUAAAAUCAUCCAUUGAUAUCUUUGAGGCAUUGGGACAAACCCCUGAGGACAUUGCUAAAUGCACCAAGAAAGUGAUUGAAUCCAGCCAGCCCCGAUUCCGGAAUCUGACCAACAGCCUCUACACACCCAUUGUGGCCAUGAAAUACGCAGACGAGACCGGGGGACUCUCAGUGAACGCUUUCUACAACCUGCUCUUUAACUUUGGCUCGCUUAUGCACAUUACCAUGAGCAUCCUCAAAUGCCUGACAUGCAGCUGCCUGCGCAGACGCACCAUUUCUCCUGACUGAAGAGGGCAGCAGUGAGAUGCACACACUCCCAAUCCCCUCAGUUUACAGCAGAACAGGGGCCCGUUCUUCUUACUCACUUAUUAAAUCCAAGAUGAAAUGUAACAUCCAAGAUGGUAUCAUCACGCUAAUCAGGAUCUGGCUAAUUCGGUUCUUCGAACGCAACUGUUGUUGAUGAUUAGUAUAGCGGGAUUGAGUUAUCUGAGAUAAUUGCGCAUUCAUAGGUUGGUUCAAAAGGGGUUAUGUAUCGAUUCUUGAAACCACGAUCAACAAUGCAGUGAUUGGCUGGCGGCAAGACAGCAACGUAAUGACAUCAUAUAAUUAAAAAACACACCUACCUAAAGGAAAACUUUCUGGACAAAUUUCUGGACUUUUAUAAAGAAACAGCCAAGCGAACAAAACUUCAUAUCAUAUUUUUCGUACGAUAAGUCGCACCUAAGUAUAAGUCUUAUCAGUCCAAAAAUACAUCAUGACGAGGAAAAAAACAUAUAUAAGUCGCACCGGACUAUAAGUCACAUUUAUUUAGAACCAAGAACCAAGAGAAAACAUUACCGUCUACAGCCACGAGAGGGCGCUCUAUAUAUCAAGUGUGGACUACAGGAGCACUGAGCAGCAUAGAGCGCCCUCUCGUGGCUGGAGACGGUAAUGUUUUCUAUUGGUUCAUUUCUCUUGGUUCAUGUCAAAUGAAUUUUGAUAAAUAAGUCGCACCUGACUAUAAGUCGCAGGACCAUCCAAACUAUGAAUAGAAGUGUGACUUAUAGUCCGGAAAAUACGGUAAAUGUUAUAAUAGAUAAAAGAAAUGUGCUCUGUUUUUUAUUUUAUUUAAUUUUUUUACAUGAUUCCCAUUCACAAUUAUAUAGAUUCGCAAUUUCUAAUACAAGCAUUACAUUUUUAUUUCAAUGUAGUAAUUAGCAAUUAAUUUUAUAUUUGAACAGAUUUGUUAUGUUACAACAUUAACUUUCAGUGAGUAACACUGGUUGUGUCUAUAGUAUUAAAGACUAUACAAAAGUAUUAUAUUAUCUUUUAAAUUCAUUUUUAAAUGAUUAUUAUUUUAAACUAUUGUCCCUGGAUCAGUAGGAUGCUCUUGUAAUAAAGUAUCAGUGGUAGCCGAAAGUUUUUGGGAUGAGCUUCGAGGAACCAAACAAUCCAAGAUCACGCCGAAUCAUCAACAAUCAAAUCCAGCUAACUGAGUUAGCGACGUACGAAGAACGGGCCCCAGGACACAACUCAAUGCAACAAACUGGAGAAUACAAACACACAUGGAUAAUUUGGAAAAAUAAAUCAAACAAACAACACCUACAUUUUUUAUUAUAAUGCCAACACCUUUAUUCACCUAAUCGAGUGAGUUUAAGUUGUUACCAUGAUUGUGAAUUCUGAAGCAUUUAACAUUUACAAAAAAGACAAACUGGUAUAUGAAAUCAAACCUUACACCAUAACAGACCAUUCCAAUGAUGCUUAUGAUGGUCUUGAUUCAACUGAGAAAGAAUCACGUAGCUGCCUUUAUUUAUAUUAAUGAUUUACAAGUAAAUGUGUGUUUAACUCUUACACAUCUUCUGAAAGAGUACUGAACAUCUGGAUCAAAACAUGGCUGGCAGAGACUCGUCUGGGAGUAGACAAGUAUGAAACUCUUAGUGUAGAGGACUGACGCAUUGCUGUUGCCCAAAUCUUUUUUGAGAACUGAGUCAAAAUAUAACAAAAACCUGGGAAGACUGAGGACUGUGAAGUUAAAGUAUUGUAAAUAUAGUAUAUUUAGGUACUCUGAGGAACUUGAACUGGCAGAACAUCACUUGGGCUUAAAGGGGAAGGAGGUAAAUGAUGAACUUAGGAUGCAAGCAAGUCAAGAGAUCUCAUGUGUAGGGUGAUAAUAUUAAUAAUACUAAAGUUGCAAUGAAAUGCAAGACGUUUAAUACAUAAGGGGCAAGACUUGUGGCUAGCAGGAGAGAAAACUAUAAACUAUAGAAAACUUUGUACUGUAUGUAUAGAAAGACAGCAUACAAGUUUUGUGGAGAUGGUUUACUGGUUUUACAAACAGAUGCAACAGGAUCUGCAAUAUAUUUCUCCAGAUGUUAAGUGAGGUUUAACAAGUUCAUUCAGGGUUCCCAUCUAGCACUUUAGUGUUGCUGGAGACAUCUGUACAUGAUCCAAAAUAAAGUAGGCAAAGAAAGUAAGGAGGGAAGUAAAAGUGAGAAACAAGCCAUAAGUAGAAUGAGGAUUGGACAUCUAAAGCUAAUCUCUUCAUGUUAUAGGAAAGCAUGCAACAGGACUAUGUGAUGACUGCAAGGAGGCAAUGAAGCACAUCUUUAUGUCCGGCAAGAAAUGUAUAAAAGAAUGGCAAGAGCUGAAAAAAAUGUGUAUGUAAAAUACAAUGAUCAUCAAGCAUUAAACAGCAUAUAAAUCAAAA